AUGCCAGUCCGAGCAGUAAGUGGCAGCGAUGAAGCGGUGGACACCGAGCAAGAUUUGGAAACCGCCAUGGAAGAAUUCUUGCGGAAACAAGCUGAGAUAGAGAGCGGUAAUCUUCUUGCGCAACCUGCGACGCCCGUCGUAGAGGUUGUCGGGUCUGACGUGGUGACAGAUGAGGAAGCAAAACGAUACUGCCGAGAAGUGGUUCGGGUGCUGAAGGAGCUUAAGGAAACUCGGGACAUGUCUGUGAGCGAGGUCAAGCUGACCCUGGCAAUCGAGGACGCCAGCGUGAGAGAGCAGAAAGAGUACAUGGGGAUUGAGGAUGAGAGGGGAGCAUCGCGAGAUGAGAUGGCAGCAGCACUGGUGGAGGUUGCUGAUGGACGGGUGCCAAAGGAUCGCAUAGCGCUGCGGGAGCUCUACAAAGAAAUGAUCCAGUGGCCCUUUGUGGGGAAUGCUGAAGCUGCGGCGCCAACGGCUUCCUCAUCAUCGCCCUAUGAGGCCAUCACAGACACAGGGACAAAAUCUGCAGCGGCAGGGUGGCGGCCAGCUCAAGCCCGCCCAAAGAUGAUGGGCCGUGACAAGAGUGAAGCCCCUCAGUCGUUGGUCGACACGCUGCCAGACUGGGAUGAAGAGACGAAGCUGGAGAAAUGGUCGAAGGAGGUUCCUGAGGUGAAGAACUACAUCUCUGCUCUGUCGGACGCACGCAACCUCAUGCGAAAGGAGCUGGAUCGAUUGUUGGCUGAACAGAAAGCGAAAUCAGCGGCUGCACUGAAGAAAGCAGCUGCUGCGGCCAAAGAGGAAGCUGCACCAGGAGUUCCCCUGGGCUUCAACCCGAUCAGAUCCAUCAGCAGCCCAGAAGGAGAGCCACUGCCCCAGUCAGAUUUACAUGCAGAACUGGGACGGAAGGUUAAGGCAAUAAUGGCCAUUGAUGCCUCCAUCGAGGCUGCCCGAGCUCAGCUGGCAAACCCACGGAAGGCAGCAGAGCGAGAAGUAUGGGAGACCAAUGUCGUCAUAUUGCAGGACACAAGGCGCAUGCAUGCAGAAGAGGCAGGUGCCAUAGAGAUGGAGCUGGAAGGCAGAGAGCGCAUGCGGCUCCAGGCAGAGGAGAGAGCACGAGCAGAGGACAGCGGCGCUGUGGCGGCAGCUGGCAUGGCUCAGCAGAUUGCAUCUACUGAAGGCAGGCUGGACGCUCUCAAGCAGCGUUUGUACUUCCCUCCGGUCAAGGGCUACAGCUUUGCUCAAGGGAGCAAUGGGAUCUACUUUGGAGGCAAGGACGUCCUGCUGUCAGAGGUGUCAGGCAACUUCAGCAUCUCGGCAGGCAUGGUUGCCAGCAAAGGCAAGGGAGGGGAUGAAGAAAAGUCUGCUCGCCUCAGCAUCCGGGCAGGCUACCCCACUGCAGUUGUCAAGUCCACCAGCGAGAGCCAGACAGGCAAGGGCUCGAAGGGCAGCACAUUCCUCCGGCGCGGCGCGCCGGUGACAGCAGGAAAAGGUUCAGCGGCUGCGAAUGAGGUUCCUGGCUCACCAUCCAAUGCUGCAGCGCCUGCUAAAGACUUGGGAACGAGACCAACUGGGGAACAACCUUCAACGCCGCCACCGUCACAGGCUCAGGAUGCUACACGGGCACAGUCCCUGCCAGCAGGCAUGCCGGGGAAGAGGCUGUUCAGCAGGGACCUGGAUGGGCCCCAGCAGGCAGAGCCUGCCCAAAACGGCGAGCUCGGAGCAGACAGGGCCGGCAGCACCGCGCACGCGCCUGCAGCCGCAUCGAGGCUGGCCUCCAACAGCGAGGCCACCAGCAGCGGGCGGCCACCCGGGCUGCCCAAUGCGCAGAGCAUGGCGCGGGACGCAAUGCUGCCCAAGGCGACCAUCGGCAAGCGCAUGGCGCUGGGGCUGCUCAGCAAGAUCGGCGCCAAGGAGAAGUACACUAAGCGCCUCGCGCGGCUGGAGGCCACGGCGGCCGAGCGGGCGGCCAGGGCGCAGCACCCACCGGCGGCCGCAGCUCCCGGGGAACAGCCCCCGCCGCGGCAGGGAUUUGCGGCACGGCUGCUGCCAAAGCGGGGCUCCGAGAGCAAGCUCACGUUUGGCAGCCACCGGCUCGGGGGCCGGCGACAAGAGCCGCCUAGAAACGCGCGCGCUCCCGAGCCACCGCCGCUGCCUGAGAUGGCUGUGGCAGAGGAGGAGGAGGAGGCGGCAUGGCACGAGGAGGCGCCGGUGGAGCUGCCCAAGUACGUGUUUGCAGGCGCUAACCCGCACUCCUGCUCGAGUAAGAUCCGCAGCCUGCCGCCCGCCAGCAGCAUCGACUCCGACAAGCUGCUCUUCCAGAGCCCCUUUGGCGGCAGGGAACCCCCCCUGCCCCGCCCUGAAGUGAUCCCGCAGCCAGAGCCGCCGCCACCGUCGCCGCCGCCGCAACCAGCGGAGCGACCGGCGAUAUUGUCGGAGCUGAUGGACGAGCGGCACACGAAUCCCUUCCUGGCCAUGAUGGAGGAAGAGCGCGGCACGGCGGCACAGGAAGCGCUGGAAUUGGGCACAGAAGAUGGGGAGCAGGGCAUGAGCGAGGGGGUGUCGGCCGGCUUCGUCGAUGACUCAGCGGAGGCGGGGGAUGAUGACGGGGGGUACUCCUGGCGGGACGAUGAGUCGGUGCAGGAGAUUGAGUUGGACCCCGGCAUGGGCCACCUCAUCGCCGGCAGCUUCAGCAGCGGCGCCGACACACUCUCCGUCUCCGCCGCUCCCGCCCCCAAGCAGCAGCCCAGACCGCCGCCGGAGGCCAAGGGCAAGGGGGCCUCGACGGACCGCAGCUCGGAGGCACCAGAGGCGGCCAGCAUGUCGGGGGCGUCAUCGCGCUCGGGCAUGUGGAUAGUCGUGCAGUGCUCCGGCGUGGGCCUGUUUGGGGAGCGUGGCAGCAAGGUCCCCAGCGCUUCCAUCGGCGAACUGUCCCUGGAGAUUGAGCUCUCCCUGGCCUUGGACUUUGAGUACAGCAGCGUGACCGGGUGGCGGUCCGGAGGCAAGCCCAAGUUUGAGAUCACGGAGCUGCGGCGGAGCCUGAAGGACAGCAACAUCCCCAUGCCCAAGACGCUGCUGCGCCUCAUCCUCAACGCCACGCUGCCCCGGCUGCUGCACCGCGGCCUCCUCACCGCGCUGCCGCCCGAGCUGGGCCAGUACCUGCUGGACUCCACCCAAGAACUCCACGUUGCUGGUGAGGUCGCAGUUGUGGGGCCGGCUAUAAGCGCGCUGGAUGCCGAUGUGAGCGCGGCUCCCAACCCAUCUGCGCCCCACAAGAAUGCGGCUGAAGCAAAGCGUGCCGCCCAGCUCUGCACCACAGCGCAGGAAGUUCGCUCCAUGCUAGGCAUAGACUUGCAGCAGGCAGGGCUACUGGCGAGCCUGUUCUCUGGGCCAGAGGCGCUUGUAGAUCCCCCCAGGCCCUGCAGCAUCAGCGAGCUGCAGGCCAUGUACUCCAGAUGUGCCCACAUCCCACAUGCAUGGGAGCCGCUCGCUGCUGUCUGGGACACUGCGCUGCGCGCUCUGGGCAAGUUCAGGGGCGUGCCAGCUCCCAGCUUCCUCUCCGUCAUGGACAAUAUUGUCAACCUCCUGCGCAAGCCCGUCCGAGCCAGGCUGGUGCUGUCGCGAGUGGAGGUGGCAAUCGGUGUGGACGCAGCGUUGGCGGCGGUGCGCAACUACUUUGAGCGGGCGGCGCGCGAGCUGCACGCGCGCGGUGGCCGCAUCCUGCCGCGCAACGGGACGCCCCCGCGCAGCCUGCAGGAGCAGGAAGAGGCGCUAGCCGCCUGGUACACCUUCCUCGUCACCCGCCUCCGCGUCUUCAAGGCCAAGUUCAAGGAGGCGUCGGUGACGCUGGUGGCGGCGGCGGACCGCAGCAGCCUCAGCCUGGGCCUGGAGCAGGGGCUGUACGAGGGGCCCCUGCGCGUGCGCCUCCCGGUGCGCCUCAGCCGCGACGCCACGUCCGACGGCGCCUGGUCCUUUGAAAUCCCGCUGCCCGACCCCGCCAGCCAAAAGCUGCUCAGCAGGUUUAUUGGCGGGCUGAAGGCAGCGCUCAACACGCCAGCAUCCAUGCUGCGCUCGCCCAAGAAGCCUGUGCCAACCCAGCAGCAGACGCGCGGCACCUCUGAAAUUGAGGGACGGCGGCUGUCUCUGGCCCUCCGAGCAGAUGCUUUGGCUGCGAAGGCGCUGCAGCCUAUCACAGGAAGCCCUUUGUCAGAAUCCACUGGCGAGGCACUGCCAGAAGGCCAGUCACUGAGCUCUGACAACCAACCAGCUGCUGAUGAGCAGAACAGCGCAGACAAUCCCGGGCUGCUGGAUCAGCCGCCGCUGGAAUGGUUUGGCAAGAUCAUGGAGGAAAUCCUGGCCGACGGGGGCCAGCCGCCAAAGCUGGGCAAGGUGCUGGUGAAUGGGCUACGAGUGCGCGUGCGGCUGGACGAGGGCCGGCUGACGGAGCUGCUGCGCGGCCACGGCGACGCUGCCACCACGGCCGGCCUGCUAGCCUGCCUCGGCGACCUCGCCACCGUCUCCUUCGAAUCCCACCUCUCUGAGGAGGAGGGGCAGGAGGAGUACCUGCUGGCGCUGGAGAGCAGCGAGAUGGCCAAUCUGCGCGCAGACGUCGCCGCUGCCGGCUUCCUUUCGGGCUCUGGUUUGUCGCCCGGCCGCCUGCUGCGUGUCGCCCAUGCCCUCUCACGCGCCGUCCUCAUGACCUUCUCAGGCACGCCUCUCACCCAUUCAACCCAAUUGCCAUCCGCAACAGCCUCAAUUGUAACGCUGUGCACGGAGGAGCAGGUGGCGAGCAUGGACGCGCAGUUUGAGGCGGUGUAUGAACACGUGGUGCGAGAGGCGCUGGAUGUGUCGGUGUGCCUGGAGGGCUCCGCCAGCCUGGAGGGCGCCAGCAAAGACAUGGUGGUGCGCCUCAUGGGCGGCAGUGAGGACACCUGGCCCCUCUCACUCACCAACGACUUUGACUUUGCGACCCUCUUCGCUGCAGAACCGCAGGCGCCACAGCUGGGGCCCCACGCCAGAUGA